AUGAAACGCCAAUGGCUCUGGAACUUCGUGCUAUGGCCGUACUGGAAUAUAGCCGACAUCGAUCAGCAACCUCACAGUGUAGAUGAGUUCUUGUCCUUCGACCCAAUCUUACCUAACAUCACCAUCUUUGCAACUGGGGGGACAUUCGCCGGCGAUGGGCCUGCGUCCAAAACCACCGGAUAUAACGCCGGUGUGUUAAACGUCACGAAUAUCAUCGUUGAAAUUCCCGGGAUAUUCGGCGUCGCCAAUGUACGGCUCGUACAAUACGCCAAGCAAGACAGCAUUAACGCAAAAUCAGAACAAGAUUAUGGGUUAAGCAUAGCAGUUCAGAUUGAGCUCAAAAGGCCCACCACGCAAGGCGUGGUAGUGAUCACCGGGACGGAUACAUUGGAAGAGCGGGCAUGUUUCCUCGACUUGACAGUGAUGAGUGAGAAACCCGUGAUCAUCACAGGUUCUUCGCGUCCACACACAGCUGCCAUCUACGACGGAAGGAUGAACCUACUCACUGCCGUUGUCGCGGCUGGGGACAAAAGCGCCAGGGAUCGUGGAGUCAUAGUUGUGUUCUCCGACCGGAUCUUGAGCCCUCGCCAUGCAACAAAGAUCAACUCCAACCAGCUCGAUUUAUUCGAAGCCGGGGAUGCAGGAAAUCUAGGCACGUUUGUAAACGUCCUGCCUAUCUUCUAUUUCCCGGCCUCGAGACCUCUAGGUCAUCAACACUUCGACAUAACGAAGAUCUCGCCAGAUGCCGAAUGGCCGCGCGUGUUGAUGGCAUAUGGACACCAAGAUCCAGCCACCGCCGUUUUCAUCCCACCCGACAUUCAAGGACUUGUUCUGGUAGGGUUAGGCGCCGGCUAUUGGCCCUCGGUCCAGGUUGAGGAGAUGAGGAAGACACUCAAUGGGAAUGACAUUCCUGUAGUGGUGUGUAGUCGUGUAACAUGGGGAUCUGUCAGCGCGCACAAUAUAGACUUUGGUAUCGGGGCAGGGUUCCUUGGUCCGCCAAAGGCACUCGUCCUGUUGAGGCUUUGUGAGAGGAUGGGCCUGAGCUUGAACGAAAUCAAGGCAAUAUUUGAACAUUAUGGAAUCCACUGA